GAUACAAAAACUAUGACUAUUAAAAGUAACGAAGGAACGAAAAGCAACAAAUGAAUCAAAAUGUUUUAAAGCUUGUGACAAAAUAGAGCUGCACCGAUAGGUUUCAACACCUAAUAUCUAUCAAUAAAUAUACUUAACACCCUAAAUACUUUAUGUGCAAAUGUUGGGCUAAAAAUGUAUCUUAAUCUAGUUUAUACAAAUAGUACUAAUUCUCCAAAAAAUACUUUGUCAAAAUACUUUACAUUCCAUUCAUACUGACAGAAUAAUAGUCAGCUACAUACAAAGAAUUUCAAUAUCAACAAGAAAUCUAAUUUAUAUUUUAAUAAUCAGUUCAUUUUAGCUGUUAAACUUACCCAGAAAUACAAACAGUUUCAUUUGGAACAAUUACAUUACUCUUGACAUUUUGCAGUACAGUUCAACAGGAUUUUUGUCGACCCAGCUUUCUCCUCAGCCAAAGGAUUUUAGUUUGCCCUUAGGAAUGAGGAAGUUCAGACCUGCAGGAACCGGAGUCCGUCUGGUGAAAUCACGUUUUCACUGCAUGUUUAGAGCAAAGCCAGUGAGAGUCACGAUGGGACGCCAGCAGAGAUCAAACAAUCUGUGCUUCGUACUUCUCCUACUUUUCUUUGGAGCACGUUUCAUCUGUGCUGCAGUUUUUUCAGAAGACGAUUUUUACCAAGUCAAAGCAUGUUGUUCAUUCACUGGUCCAAACUUUGACAAGAUUGAAUACAUACUUACAUCCAGUUUUAACAAGCAAAAGAUGAUGGAGUACAACAGUACAAGAGGAAACUGGAUUGGAUUCACAGAUUUUUCAAUUGUGGCUUCACAUUACUGGAACUUAGACCCUUUGGACCGCCUUGAAAGAGCAAUGGAAAUUAAACUAAUGUGUUACGAGAACAUCAAAUAUAUUCAAACCAUCGGAAACCUGUCAACAACGCCCACCAUGAGGAUAAAAUCAGUGAAACAGCCCGAUGGUCGACAUCCAGCCAUGCUUGUGUGCAGUGCCUAUAACUUUUACCCAAAGCAAAUCCAAAUAACCUGGCUGCGAAAUGACCAAGAAGUGACCGAAGGGGUCAGUAACACCGAUGUCAUCCCAGAUGGAGAAUUGUACUACCAGUUUCAUUCUUACCUUGAGUACACACCAACUUCAGGAGAAAGAAUCAGCUGCAUGGUUGAACACGUCACCCUGUGGGAGCCAAGAAUCAUUGUUUGGAACAACUCCCUUCCUGAAGGAGAAAAAACUAAGAUUGUUGUUGGACUGUGUGGAUUGAUCUUUGGUUUGGUUAUCUUUCUUUCUGGAUUUAUUUACUACAAGAAAAAAUGUGCUGUAUAUAACUCUGUCUACUACAGUGAGGAGAUGUAAUCAUCUAAGAAAAUGUAAACUACAUGAAAAUCUCCUGCUUCCUUCCUCCGAUAACAAAUAUGACUACAGGAAGUUAAUUGCUCUCUCUGAAUUGUCAUUAGGUAUAAGUAUGUGUUCAUGGUUGCUUUACCAGUGUGCUUUGGUGUUAUUGACUGCUGACCUGUCCAUCACAGGUGCCUCUCAGUAGCAAUAGCCACCCCAUCACUGGGACUCUGCAUGGAAAUUUGGGGAUGGUUAACUUACAAUUAUCUAAAAAAGUAAGAAAAAAUUCUUCAUGUGUCCUUACCGUAAUUAUAAAGGAAGCUCUGUAAUAAGUACAAUUGUGAGCAUGCAAUAAAUAGUAGAAAUUUCUUCAUUUUGUAUUCAAUAAAAGGUGUUAUAUGA